AUGGAUCCCACACGGAGCAUGGGCUCUUUAGGAGCCAUCCCAAUGGAUAACCUCGCAACCCUAGCCGGACCGGUCGUCUUCCUCGCCGUAGCCUACUGGUACAUCAAAGUGCACGGCUUCAUCUACGCCGCCAGUCUAGCAUGGACCGUGGUGGGAGUGGUCAAGACCAUCUUGACGGUGCCGUUCAACAUGGUGUACUGGGUCGUCGCCUCGAUUCUCAUGAUACCGUACUACUUGCUGAUGGUAAUCCUGUCGCCUCUUGCGUGGCUAUGGCAUGCGUUUAUGGCGCCGUUCUAUUGGUUUUUGAGGUUUUUGGGGGAUCCUUAUCCAGUCAUAAUCUUUUUUACUAUCGCUAUCAUAAUUGGCCUUUGUUCCGGAGUGAUUAUCUCCCUAACCUCCGCUAUAGCCAGCUCCUUCAUCCACAGCUUUGCCUCCUCCUCCAUCCGUCCAAGGAAACAAGCACCCACCGUCGUUCCCACUAACCUCAACCUCACCAACUCCAAUAACAACAACAACAACAACAACCCCCGAGAAGCCAGAGAAAGAGACAGACCCUCCAGAACAGGCUUCCUCAACCCCCUAGCCCUCAACCCCGUCCCCUCUUCCUCCCCCCAGUCUCGUACCACCCGCCAGUACAACCCCUACGACGCCGACAAUGAACUAGUCCACAUCGAAUACCCCAACCUAAGCGACACCACCAAUUCCCCAACCCUCAAACAACGCAACGGUGGUGGAACUUCAUACUUUGACCAACAGCAGCAGCAGGCCGCAGCACAACGAUCACCGAAAUCGAUUUCUUCCCCCGGUCCUCCGCAGUUACAUGCUAGACCAAGGUCGGCUGUUGCUGUUGUUAAGAGGGGGUUGGGGUUAUCUGCUAUUGGCGGGAUGGGGACGACAGGUUUGGUGGGAGUGGGAGUUGGAUCGGGCGCGACGUUAUUGAGGGAGACGAUUCAUGAGGAGGAAGAUAGUGGGUCUAGUGGUGAUGAUUCUGUUUAGAUUGUUAGGACCUGGUGAGAUGGGAGGGAUGAUGCCAGGGUGUUGUUGAACCUACGGUCGGUUGUCAAACGAGACGGGACGUGCUGGGUAUGUUGACUUGGAGUCAUCAAUCGGUAUUAUGGAGGAGAAUGACCAGAAGCCUUUCUUGGAAUAUAUUUAGAGUACUGCCGUUUCCUGGAUGAUUCAUCUCAUCCUCACCGCACCAAAGCCAGGCCAUGUUGUCGGGCAUGCGAGUGUUAGUGAAUGAGAAAGUCACUGAAGAGAUGAUCAUGCAGUUUAUCUAUUUUGGCCUUGAUCCGUUUCUGCUUAGACGAGUUGCGUAUGGUAGCUAUAUCAUCCGCAAUGUCUACUCGAUUUCCACAGCCAAAUGCCCCAGGUCCUUCCACGCUUGUUCACUACGAUGGCCCUAAUGGUGAAUCGCCAUCAGGGCCUCCUCAAAGCCAACGGCAUCUUCACUUAUAGCACGCAUCGCUGUGUUUUUCGCCAUCCUGAUC